AUGAAGGUCCUUCUCCUUGGCGCAACCGGCAAUCUGGGUCUUCGCCUCGUCGCAGCCCUCCUCACACAUGGCCACAGCGUUGUUGCCUUCGUGCGGUCCCCGAAAAAACUCGAGUCUCUCAUUCCAGCAUCCGUAUACCAACAAAUCACCGUUGUUCAGGGUGACGCCACGGAUUCAGCGGCAAUCAAGAAGGCGAUCUUGGACGCCGGCUGUGAUGCUGUCGUCAAUACCGCCGGCUUAGCGGCCUUGCCUCCUUGGGGAAAAAGCGACCUCCCCAAAAUAUUCCGCGCCGUCGUGGACGCUGCACGAGAAGCGGGAGCGGAGAGAAAGAAACCCUUGAGAGCCUGGCUCUUAGCCGGCCUAGGAGCGCUAUAUUUCCCCGGAUCAGAAACAUUGCUCUCGAACUAUAUUCCCAUCUACCUAGAACACCGCCAGAACCUGCAGCUUCUCCAAUCCCUCCCGCAGAACACGAUUGACUGGUCUCUGCUUUGCCCGGCCGUCAUGACCCCUGAAGGCUCAGAGAUCAAGGUCCCUACGGCAAGUUCGCAUGCAAAGCUGAUCGGCAACGCUUGGUCUCCACCGUCUUGGCGAGAUUCCUGGGUCAAGCACAUCCCCUUGAUCGGGAAGGUGAUUUUGUGCGUCAUGAAUGCUCAACGCUAUAAGACCACGCUUGAGCAGAACGCAGAGUUUAUCGCGGAUGACCUCGAGAGCGACGAGAGCCGCUGGAUUGGAGUGACGGUAGGAGUGAUUGACCCGUCAAAGUGA